AUGGCCACGUUUUCAGUUUUCACAGUUGUCAAGUAUUGUAGUGGAAGUGUUUGGCGUGUGUCGUAUUGCCCAUCAACGAUUGAGUUUACAUGUACUUGUAUGAGAAUGCAAUCCAUUGGUCUUCCAUGUGAUCACAUAUUGGUCGUGUUGGUUUCUUUAAAUUUUAUGGAGUUGCCAAGUAGUUUGGUUUUGAAUAGGUGGUCCAAACUUGCCACCGAACAGAUUAAAGACAAAUAUCCGUAUUUCGCAAUGUAUUGGGAUUCACAAUUGAUGGGCAGGUAUGCCACUUUGGUUGAAGUUUCUAGAGAAGUUUGUGCAGUCGCAUACUGUGAUGAAGAGGAGUAUGACAAAAUGUUGCAUUUCCUAUCCAAUGAGGCUACAAGGAUGAAGUCGAAGCAAAACAGCGAACAUUGUGUUGAUGAUAAUCAGACGCACCAACAAGAUGAUGAUUUUGUAGGUAUUUUAGACCCUGUUGUGGUUCGAAGUAAAGGAUGCGGACAGGUCGGAAUGGAUGAAAGUGGCAGACAAAGGAGAAUCCAAAAGUGUCGGCAAUGUGGUGGAAUUGGCCACAACAAGCGUUCUUGCACCAACCAUCCUCGAAAUGUAAAUGGUUGUAUGUCAUCCACCGAACAAACUAGCAGUAAUGAUUACAAUUUGUAUUUUGUUAAUGUUGGACAAAAUGCAGGAGCCGUAGACAUAGUCAUUUGUUGCUGGUAG